AUGGAAAGUGAUAUUGUUCCUUUAGGUGUCAGAAAGGGUGCAUGGACGGCAGAAGAAGAUACUCUCCUAAGUGGCUAUAUCCUCAAGCAUGGAGAAGGAAGUUUGCACUUAAUCCCGAAAAACACAGGUUUACAUGGAAAUGUAGCAAUACAAGAACCUAUGUCCAAGGAAAUUGAGAGCAAUAUCCCAAUGAAGAAGGAGAUGAUCAUAUAUAUGUGGCAGCAAUACCCAUGUUGGUUGCAGAGAAAGAACAAGAAGAGGCCACUCUCUUUGAUCCAAACACAGAUUCGCGAAGUUGAAGUUAUGCCUUCUAGGGACUAUUUAAAGGUAUCAGUUGAGAAGUCCUCCGAUUUGCCUAGUUCCGCUAGCCGAAUAAAUAUAAGCUCAUGCUGUUUGUUCAUUUCGUCGAACCGAGCAGAUACAGCCUCAUGUAGUGGUGCAAUAGAUUCCUGGACUAUCCUCUCGAUAUACAGCUUAUGA